CGCGCGCGCCCUCUUCCCUUCUCGCUUCGAGGGCUGUUUUGCCGCCUUCCCUCAGCCUCAUCCCCUGGUGGCCGUUCCCAAAGGGAGACUUCGAGCAAGAGAUCGCGCGCCAUUCCGUUCCUCUCUCUUCUCCUCUUCGCCUAUUGAGCAUCAUCAUCCUUCGUGGGAAUCCCCCAACAGCUGGAGGCGUCUGCGGCCUGGAUGUGAAACCUCCGUGACUUGGGAGGGAAAGAACUCUCCUGUGCCAUGGAAACAAACAGCCACCAACUCCACCCCCAUCAGGAAACCUUGAACUCUGUUUGCCACAGCACUCUGAGCCUGAACUAUCACCCUCUCUCAAAGAGCUCCACAAAUCUGGCAGGCGUUGGCCGAGUGGGUUCUAAGGAGGGACAGAACAGCAGGCAGGAGCUGCGAAAGAGCCUCAGCAGCUCCGCCUGCCAAGCCCAGGCGAGGGAGAACGACGUCAGAAGCACACCUAGCUCUGCAUGGUCUUCAGCCCACUCAGAAAUUGCAUCCACUGCCCGAACUGUGAGCAGCCUGUCUCCAAGCGACAGCGUGCAGAGUGCCACCCAAAGCACAAACCAUUUCCUGGGUGUUGAGCAGCCCCCAGCGUCUGCGGGAGGGGUUGGCCCUACUAGGACACACACCAAGAGCAGUACCGCUGAGGAUGUGUCCGCAACCUGUGAUGCAAAUCUGCAGCAGGUGAGCACGAUGGAAGCACUGGGAGCUGCUGUCCAGAGAAGCCUUUCUGACCUGACGUGCAGCUGUAAGCAGCAGAGCUCCACUCCCCACAUGGAGACAAGUGCCACAUACUCUGCUAUGCGCUCCAGCAGCAGUUACGGGGCUGCGGCAGGCAGCGUAGCAUCCCCAAGACCGAGAUACGGAUCAGACACAUGUGAAAAUGCCCCCAGUUUCCAAAGUCACAUGAGUCGGGCCCCAAGUUUGCCUAGAGACCAAGAUGUGCCCACUAGCGUCUUUGACAAUGGUGCUGCAUCGCAAAAUGUGAACGUUUUUACAGACCCUGGAGCGUAUCACUCAGCUGUUCUUGGGCCGCAUAUGCCUGGAGACCACUUCUCAAACAGGGCUAUGUACGCCCAGGGUGGAAUUGUGUAUAGCAACUUUGCAGCUGGGAUGUACCCACCUGGCAUGGUGGCUAUCCAUAAUAGUACUGCUCUUCCUUACGGCAUGAGGCCGGAGUCUUCGAUGAAGAUAGAGGGCACCGUCCCGGCCUAUUGCCAUUCCUUGCCGAUCCCUUCCGUUCAGUUCAUCCCAAGGUUGGUCUGCUCAGUUAGUGAAUCGGGCAAAGGACAAGUGACCCCCGGGUAUUGCCAGUCCUUGCCCGCUACUGAAACGGCAACACUUCCAAAGCUAGUGUCGUCUGUGAGUGAGUCGGGCCUGGAUGCAAAGCGCAUCCUGCGCUGUUGCAGUGUGCGUGGGGAGCACAUGAUGCAUAUGCAGCCUUGCAUGCAACCGAGCAGGGCCCAAGAGGAAAUGAAGACAACGUACGUGGUGUUGAAUAGCCACCAGGACGGCGUCAACACUGUCCUGAAGACUAAGGACACAGGGACAAUGACCUCCAUGAAUGACCUCACCCGGGGAUUGCAGCCCCUUCUUGAGUGCAGAGAUGCAGAGGUACAAACCAUCCCAACGAAGGAAUGUAAAUCUGCAGCAACGAGCCCCUCGGUUGCAGCAGAAGGCCACCCUCACGUGUUCCCAGAGGUUAAUCUGGAGCCCGAGGCAGAGGGUGAGAAAUCUCCGGUGCGGGAGGUGAGGUGGGACGAUGAAGGCAUGACAUGGGAAGUUUAUGGUGCGGCUGUAGACCCCGAGGUCCUUGGCUUGGCCAUCCAGAAGCACCUUGAAAUUCAGAUAGAACAGUUUCAAACUGAACCGGAAGAGAUCUCUAGGAAAAGUACUGAGGAGCUGCCAGCUAAACAGGAAAAGAAAACCUCUUUCAGAACAAUGAUGCAUUGCCUAAGAAAUCCAGGCUGCUGUGCCCGUUCCAGCACAGCAGUGGAAUAAACUUUCCUAGCAGACUGCAAGACUAUUUUUUUUUAAAUAGUUGCAGAUAAACACGGGUACACAAUAUGGAGUCCCCUUGGAAUCGAAUUGGAAACUGUGAGCUGGUCUAAAAUAGAACUCUGCAAGGCAGAGGCUCCAGGGACAGUUUUUAGUAUAUAUAUCCCUGAUCUACAUAUUACUCACAAUGAAGUAGUAGAAUUUUGGACUGUUUUGUUUCAGAUUACAGGUGGGGUUGGGCUCUUUUUUUGAAUGCUCUUCCACAUGCAUAAAGCCUAACAACAUGCAUUGAACUAGCACAUGAGAGAGAGAGAGAACUGUGUUAAAUCUUCCUCCCUGCUGUGCUAGUUUGCUACACUUAGAGAGUGUUUUUGAGGAUGUCUGUAUUGCUUUUAGGGGGAGGGCGCUCAGUUUAAUCAGUUGUCUUGAAGCUAUGGACUCAUGUCUUCCUGACCCCUUCCUUGCUGCAUAGUUUAAAUAUGCUUUAAGUGAAAUAAACAAAUAAAAUACUAUUAUCCCCCAACCUGUAGCCUAAAGUGCUACAGAAUUAUAUAAAUUGUUAAAAUAUAUUAUUCUCUUCCUCUACCCUCAGCUUGAAGUGGUCAAGAAUUGUACCACCUUAUUUUGAGUAAUGUGUAGAUCUAUUAAAAGAAGAAGAAAGCCCAUAAUAAAAUACCUGCAUUUUAUAAAUGGUAUUGCUUUAUCCAGGUGAUCUAUUUCUGAAUAAUACUUCAAGCAAAUACUAUGUUUUUUCUGAACGACGGCUUGAAGCACAUCAUUGUAUUUCCCUGUACACGUAUGAAUUGUAAGAACCUUUUUAAAAACCAUGUAUAGUGAGAAAAUACUGACUUAGUGUUAAACUUUGGUCCCUGCAUUUGUCUUACUGCAACAUUGUGCAGGUAGUUUUAAAUACUAGAAUUCCAUUUUAUACUUUUUACAAAGAUGGCAUGUAGUAAUUUAUGAAAGCACACAAUUGAGUACACUCCUUGUUACUAGAUAGCUUAUUGGAUUACAAUGCUGUGUACAAUAAAACCUGUGACUUCA